AUGGACUUAGUUUGUCUACCAUUGAAUCAGAUUGAUGUUAUCCUUGGAAUGAACUGGUUGGAGUUCAACCAUGUUGAUAUUAACUAUUUUGACAAGUUGGUGUCAUUUCUAGAGUUUGAUGCAAGUGAUGAGUUAUUUGUGUCAGCUAAGCAAGUGGACAAGCUCAUGAAGGAUGACGUUGAAGUGUUUAUGAUACUAGCUUCUAUGAAGGCUGAAAGGAGAGUUGUGAUUGAUGAAUUACCAGUAUGGUGUGAUUUUCCGAAAAUGUUUCCUGAUGAUAUCAGUGAUUCACCGUCAAAGUGCAAGGUGGAGUUUUCUAUAGACUUAGCACCUGGUACUAGUCUGGUGUGGAUGGCUUCUUAUAGAGUGUCUACUCUAGAGUUGAGUGAGUUGUAG